CGCCGCCGCAUCACCUGUCCGGAUUUGAAAGAUUAAAAACUCCGGGUGGAGAGAGCGGCGGCGUUUAAUGUGUGGCAGAAGCGCUGCGGGUCACGGGUUGGCGCGCGACCGGGCAGCUGGCGGGGUCUCUACACCAUGAAUUACCCGGGCCGCGGGUCGCCGCGCAGCCCGGAGCGUAACGGCCGAGGCGGCGGCGCUUGGGAGCUGGGCUCGGAUGCAGGGCCGGCGUUCGGCGGCAGCGUCUGCUGCUUCGAGCACCUGCCGGGCGGGGACCCGGGCGACGGCGACGUGCCCCUGGCCCUGCUGCGCGGGGAGCCGGGGCUGCACUUGGCUUCGGGCGCCGAGGACCACAACCACCACCUGGCGCUGGACUCCUGUCUCAGUGACGAGAACUAUGAUUUCAGCUCGGCGGAGUCGGGCUCCUCGCUGCGCUACUACAGCGAGGGCGAGAGCGGCGGCGGCGGCAGCUCCUUGUCGCUGCACCCGCCGCAGCAGCAGCCGCUGGUCGCGACGAACUCCGGGGGUGGCGGGGCGGCGGGAGGGGGGACAGUGGAGCAGAGGAAGCGCACUCGGCCGGGCUGCCAGGCUGCCCGGCACCGCUACGAGGUAGUGACGGAGCUGGGCCCGGAGGAAGUGCGCUGGUUCUACAAGGAGGACAAGAAGACCUGGAAGCCCUUCAUCGGCUACGAUUCGCUCCGCAUCGAGCUCGCUUUCCGGACCCUGCUGCAGGCCACGGGGGCCCGGCCCCAGGCCGAGGACCGGGACAGCGACCAUGUGGGCGGCUCGGCGUCUCCCGCGGGUCCGGCCUCCAGUUCCGGGGAGGACGACGACGAGGACCGCGCCUGCGGCUUCUGCCCGCGCACGGCGGGGCACGAGCCCGAGCUGGUGGAGCUGGUGACUAUCGAGCCAGUGUGCGUGCGGGGCGGCCUCUACGAGGUGGAUGUGACCCAAGGAGAGUGCUACCCAGUGUACUGGAACCAGGCUGAUAAAAUACCAGUAAUGCGCGGACAGUGGUUUAUUGAUGGUACUUGGCAGCCUCUAGAAGAAGAAGAAAGUAAUUUAAUUGAGCAAGAACAUCUCAGUUGUUUUAGGGGUCAGCAGAUGCAGGAAAAUUUUGAUAUUGAAGUGUCAAAAUCCAUAGAUGGAAAAGAUGCUAUUCAUAGUUUCAAGUUGAGUCGAAACCACGUGGACUGGCACAGUGUGGAUGAGGUAUAUCUCUAUAGUGAUGCAACAACGUCUAAAAUUGCAAGAACGGUUACCCAGAAACUGGGAUUUUCGAAAGCAUCAAGUAGUGGAACGAGACUUCAUAGAGGUUAUGUAGAAGAAGCCACAUUAGAAGACAAGCCAUCACAGACUACCCAUAUUGUAUUUGUUGUGCAUGGCAUUGGGCAGAAAAUGGACCAAGGAAGAAUUAUCAAAAAUACAGCCAUGAUGAGAGAAGCUGCAAGAAAAAUAGAAGAAAGGCAUUUUUCUAACCAUGCAACACAUGUUGAAUUUCUCCCUGUUGAGUGGCGGUCAAAGCUUACUCUUGAUGGAGACACUGUUGAUUCCAUUACUCCUGACAAAGUACGAGGUUUAAGGGAUAUGUUGAACAGCAGUGCAAUGGACAUAAUGUAUUAUACUAGCCCACUUUAUAGAGAUGAACUAGUUAAAGGCCUUCAGCAAGAGCUGAAUCGAUUAUAUUCCCUUUUCUGUUCUCGGAAUCCAAACUUUGAAGAAAAAGGGGGUAAAGUCUCAAUAGUGUCGCAUUCCUUGGGAUGUGUAAUUACUUAUGACAUAAUGACUGGCUGGAAUCCAGUUCGACUCUAUGAACAGUUGCUGCAGAAGGAAGAAGAGUUGCCUGAUGAACGAUGGAUGAGCUAUGAAGAACGACAUCUUCUGGAUGAACUCUACAUAACAAAACGACGGUUGAAGGAAAUAGAAGAACGGCUACAUGGAUUGAAGGCAUCAUCAGUGACACAAGCACCUGCCUUAAAAUUUAAGGUUGAGAAUUUCUUCUGUAUGGGAUCCCCACUAGCAGUUUUUUUGGCAUUGCGUGGCAUCCGCCCUGGAAACACUGGAAGUCAAGACCAUAUUUUACCUAGAGAGAUUUGUAACCGGUUACUAAAUAUUUUUCACCCUACAGAUCCAGUGGCUUAUAGAUUAGAACCGUUAAUACUUAAACACUACAGCAACAUUUCACCUGUCCAGAUCCACUGGUACAAUACUUCAAAUCCUCUACCUUAUGAACAUAUGAAACCAAGCUUUCUCAACCCAGCAAAAGAACCUACCUCAGUUUCAGAGAAUGAAGGCAUUUCAACCAUACCAAGCCCCCUGACCUCACCAGUCUUGUCCCGCCGACACUAUGGAGAAUCUAUAACGAAUAUAGGCAAAGCAAGCAUAUUAGGGGCUGCUAGCAUUGGAAAGGGACUUGGAGGAAUGUUGUUCUCAAGAUUUGGACGUUCCUCUACGUCACAGCCAUCUGAGACAUCAAAAGAUUCGAUGGAAGAUGAGAAGAAGCUAGUCGCCUCACCUCCUGCUACCACCAUAGCAGCACAGACCCUUCCACACAGCACUUCUGGCUUUCUCGAUUCUGCAUAUUUCAGACUUCAGGAAUCGUUCUUUAAUCUCCCACAACUUCUUUUUCCGGAAAAUGUAAUGCAGAAUAAAGAUAAUGUCCUCGUGGAGUUGGAUCACAGGAUUGAUUUUGAACUCAGAGAAGGCCUCGUGGAGAGCCGCUAUUGGUCAGCUGUCACGUCGCACACUGCCUACUGGUCAUCCUUGGAUGUUGCCCUCUUUCUUUUAACCUUCAUGUACAAACAUGAGCACGAUAAUGAUGCAAAACCCAAUUUAGAUCCAAUCUGAACUCAUGACAGACAUUAAUGGCCCAAAACUGAUUUUUUUUUCUGUUAAAAAUGUGUGUCAAGUUACAGAGAUUUUGGGGUUAAGUAUGUUUCACUUUUGUUUGGGGUAAGAAAUAUUUUGAAUUUAAAAGCACUUUAUUUUAUUUUUUUAAAAAAACAUGUUUUCAGUCCUAAAGAAGUUAUUUACAGUUUCCAUUCAUUUUGAUUAUGAAUCUGAUAGCCCCCUGCAGAGAGUCAAGCAAGCCUGGAAGUAAGGAAAGUUUAGGUGAACUGCAUGUAAAGGCUGUAAAUCACGAUCUAAUUUCUCCCAAAUAUAAAAACAUGUUAAUGAGUUGAAUCUAAUGUAUUAACCAAAAUAUGUUAUAAAUUGAAAAUGAACUAGGUCCAGUAUAUUCUAUGUAAAGAUCACAAGGUGGUAUCAUUGUUCUAGAUUUCUAUAAAAGCUUCCAUAUCCACAUCCUUUUGAAAGAAUAGAACAGAUUUAAAAUGUUUUGAAUUUAACUUGUUUAGAAAAACUAAUGCUGAAGAAGAAACAAUAUUUGAACUACUGUAUUUAUAAUUUAUUGCCUCUGACUAAUUGCUUUAUUUCAGUGUAUGAAACAUUACAUUUUUAAUAUUAUAAUUUAAGAACCACAUUUAUUUUCUAUACUGUUACAACCCUUUUUUCUCAGAACUCCAUCUUUGUACUCUUCAGAUGAAUAUAUACACACUGUGGCAUACUUGCAGUAUUUUUUUUUUCAUUAAAAACUUGAGGUUUCACACAAAUAACGCUAGUUCAAUUUUCUUAAUGAAGUUUUUAUUGUCACAUGUACCUCAGAGAAAACUAAAGUUUUUCUAAACUUGACACAGAGUACUCCAUAAUGGGUACAUUUCAUUAACUUUAUUAGAAAAUUACUAAAUGUCUUUAGAAUAGGGAGUAUGACAACUAUUUUAAAUGUAUAAACAUUUGUGUGCCAAACAAUUAACAUAUAUGAAGGGAUGGAAUGCCACUAACAAAUUUUAUUUUUAAAGUGCUUGAAAAACCAUUGAGAUUGAAGGCACAAUAAGUCCAGAUUCUGAGGCACUGGAAGGGUUUUCUUCAGCUGGAAUUGUUUCCACAGUGCUUUUCAUCUGAGGGGCUCAAAGUAUAAGAGGGAUACAUUCAAUAAUCUAUGUAGUAGCUCCUUGAGGUAAGUAAAUUAGUGUUAUUCUCAUGUUACAUGUUAAUGCACAAGGCACCAAAGCAUUUAAAGUGCCUUGCAUUAGAUUACAUCGCAAAUCAGAAAAGCUUGGAUUGAAUCCAAACUACUCUUUUAUAUGCUUUUCAGUGAAUUUAUUCACAUAUGACCUCCUAGUACUUUGCAAACAAUAAUAACAGAAGUUGCAAUUCAUAAUUUGGAAAAAUGACCAUGAAGCCAGUAUGUUACCCUGCUGCUUGACUUCUACAUUCUUGGAUUUGCACACACAAAGCAAGAGUUACGUAGAGGUGAUCAGUAGCCAUCUCUGCCACACCCAGCCCUCACUUCUGAGUGGUUUCCACUAGGCUCCACUUAAGGUGCUGUCUUUGCUUAUCCUGCAAGGAAUUUCUUAGCUUCCCAGUAAUUACUGUCAAACUGGAAGCAAAAUUGGCCAGUUGUGUAUCUCACCUACUCCUUUCUUUGUAAGAUAGUGGGGUCAGUGGCUUACUUGUAGGUUUUACUGAGCACCAUUAGUACUGUUGGCUAUUUUGGCCUCCUUGAAUUUGCACAACAUAAAGCACUUCUUUUUAGUGUUUUAAAAAAAUCCCAAGACUCCAUGACCAAGUAUAUGACUCACUAAGAAACCCUUGCUAUAAAAGGCUUUUGAUGCAAUCUCAGCAAAGCUGAAGCAAUCUCUUGAAUUUAGAGAUUCCUAUGAACUCAGGUCAUUUUCAUAGCCUGUUUAUUUUGUAGGUCUGAUUUAGUUCUCAGGAAAUUUAAACUCAUGUUAUAUGACUAUAUCAUUAAAGGUACUUGAGCACAUGUUGCUGUAGGUGGUGUGACGCUCAAAUAACGUAAGAACUUUAAGGGAUUCAUUCUUAACCACUGGAUUGUGAAGAGCCCUUUUUACCUGAGAAGAGUGAAAUUCAUGUCAAACUUUUUAAUUUGCUAUCAUUGAGGAAAAAGAAAAAUAUGUUCCCGUAGCCAUAAGAAAUUGCUUCCCUUUUUUAUUUCCAAAUAUUGAGAAAACAAAGUCAAACUUAACUACUUUGAGUUGAUUUGAAUUCUUGGAAAGAACAAUAUUCAAACCCCUUUUCAAAAUAAGAUGUUCUGGACUACUGGACAGGUAUUUUGUUUUUAAUUCAUUAUUUCAUCAGUAGAGAUGGUGAUUUUGGUUUUAUAGUAUCCUUGUUUCUAUGUCUCUGCAUGUUAUCAUGGGAUGUACUUGUAUAUACUCAUUAAUAUACAGAGUAUGUGUAAUUCUGGCUUGAUUUAGAAGCUAAGUCAGUUACUGAGUAACAUUUUGCAACUUUAUUCCAGCAAGUACUAAAUUGGCCAAAAGUUUUGUUUUUGAUACCAUUAAAAUUUUAUUCUCUA